GUUCCUCUUUCGCUAACGUUAAUUCCAACUAUUCCUUUUUUAUCGUGCAUUUUUAAUACUGGUUGCUUUUUCACUCUAUUUUCCUUUUUGUUAUCCUCAUUCACCCACUUACCUUGCCUCGCCUCACGCAUUGACAUUCAAGAUGAGCGGCGAGUCGACAGAACCAGUUGCUGGCGCGCAAUCCCUCAAUGACGCACGACCGUCCGCAAGCAACACUCUUUCCCCAGAUAAUGGCACCCCCGCCGACCCAACCAAGCUGACCUCCGACACCCUCCGGGCAGGCGACACCGUCAGCGAGCAGCUUCUAUCGCGACUAUCAAAGCUCGAAAAGUACGAGCACAAAUUGGCGGAGGUGGCCCGAGUGUACCGCAAUUUAAAUGCCGCGCGCAAGGCCGUUGAAGUAGUUCUCAAAACAUACACGCCUGUGCAGAGCAUUUCUGACACUGAGGAGCUCGAGGCACAUUUGUCCAACUUGAACAUGAAGACGCAAUAUGCUGGCGAGCAGAUUGGCGCGCUGACGGAUUUGGACAAAACAAACAGGUUGAAACUUCAGGAGCUCGAGGCGCAGUUGGCUGCGCUCAGGGUCGUCGAGCAGGAGAAGCUGGCGCUGCUUAAGGAUAUGGACAAGAUGACCAAGGAGCGCAAGGUUGUUGAGGGCCAGCUGGAGCGCAGCAACCAAAAGCUCAAGCUCGAUAUUAGCGCCCUUGAAGCGAAGCAGUCCGAGCUUAAUGAUAAGCUCAAGACUCUGGAACAGGAGAAUCAGAAGCUCAAGGAGUCCGCCAGUGAAUCUCUGACUGCUGAAUCCGACCCUGAUGCACUAGCCGACAAGCUAUCGGAGCUAAUCUCGACCAAAGACGAUGCGUGGUCCGCUCAGAGCCAGGCUUUGGCCGGCCUGCGCCAAUUGCUGGUCAAAAAGUGCGGGGCUCCGCAGGGUUUUGUUAAUGCCAGCGAGCUGGAGCACGCCAACGAGUCCCACGCGCAGGAGGCGGCGCAGUUGAAGGACAUUAUGCGCAAGGAACUGGUCGUCAGUGAAGAGCGAUUCAAGGCGACGACUGCAGAGCGGGACCUCGAAGUGACCGCGCUUAAGGAGCAGCUGCAGAAACGCGAUGAUGAAGUUGCACAGCGCGAUGCGGAGAUUGAGCAGCUACAGUCUGCUGCGCCAAAUGUUCAGCCGGCCAGUGAGCCUGCACCCUCCGAUGCCAUGACAGCUGAGCGAGUUGGCGACAUUAUUGCCGCGGCUAUUUCUCACAGACUUGUCCCUGAGGCCGUUCCCGAGCAGCCACAGUUGCAGACGCAGCCGCAGAACGACGGUGGGAGCAACAAGAAAAAGGGAAAGAAGAAGAGGAGAGGCACAGCCAGCGGCGGAGUGCCCAACCACGAAACUUCUCCUGCGGCGCCAGCACCCACCCAACUUGCAGCAGUCACCGAGACACAGACCGCAGCAGAGGUUGCAGCGUCCAGGACUGAGAUCGACAGGCUUAUUGCCCUUGUCGAGACAAUUGCAGCAUCUUCGGGCCAGGUCGCUAUUAGCAAUGUUGGCAAUGUUGGCAAUGUCGGCAAUGAUAGCGCCAAUGGCAUCAGCGAGUCAACAUUAACCGCUGACAAGGAGCUUGCUGAGCAUGUUAAACAGGCAGAGCAGCUGCGCAGCACCAUAAACAAUCUGCAGGCACAGGUGGCUGAGCUCACAAAGGCAGCGGGGGUUUCUCAGGAUGAAAACUCAAAGAUAGUCGACCAGCUGAGCGCUAAGAUCUCUCAGCUGGAGCAGGAUCUGCAGGAGGCCGAGGCCGCCCGAGACAAGCUCAAGUACGAACUAGACGCCAAGGCCAGCGAGAUGGAGGCUGCAACCAGCGCUCUUGAGAACAAGCUGGCAGAGUCCCUACAGAGCGCCGCAGCAGAGGCCAAGGCACAGACCGAUAAGCACGCCAGCGCCGUGGAGGCAGUCACUGAGGAGCUCGCCAGUGCAAAGGCCCAGGCGGACAAGCUGCCGGCGCUGCGCGACCAGGUUUCCAAGAGUCAAUCCACAGUGCAGCGCCUGGAGGGCGAGCUGCGCGCGUGCCAGGACAGGCUGAGCCAGGUUGAAUCGGAGCUGGCCGCUGCACACAAGGAGUGCGCGUUGUUGAAAAAGUCUGGUGGCGAUGCUGAAAGGGAGCGCGCGCGGUUGGCGUCGACUUUGGCUAAGGUGCAGGCAGCCAAUGCGCGGCUGGAGGCGCUGCAGAAGGAGCUGCAGACGCACUUGGAUGACGAGCGCAAGCGUGCCCAGGGAGCUCAGGGCGCACUUGAGGCGCUGGACUCGGAGAAUGUGCGUGCAUUGAGGAGCAUUGAGACGCAGACCAAGGCGACAGCUGAGGCCGAGCGCCAGCUGGCAGAAGUGCAGUCUACUGUGGCGGGGCUUGAGGAGCAUGUGCGUGCGGUAGACGCCGACUUGGCCAACAGCCGCGAGCAGUUUGCUGAGAAGAGCCGGCUGCUGGCGCAGACCACUGCGCAGCUGCAGGAGAUGCAGUAUGCGCUUGAGAAGGAGCGCCGGACGGCCAAGCUUUCCGCAGAGGAUGCGGCCAAGGAGCUGGCCGGCGUGCGCGAUCAGCUGGCUGAGAUUAAGCGCGUGGCCAGAGACCAGCGCAGCAGCGACCAGGCGGAGAUGGAGAAGCUGAGGAAGCAGCUUGGCGACGUUGAUCAGCGCGCUAGCCAGGCGAGCUUGGUCGAGCGGCUGGAGGCGCAGCAGGCGGAGAAGGAGGCUGCGCUGGAGACACUGCGCAGCAACCUGCGCCGCACCGAGGAGAACCAGACCGCGCUGCAAGUCGAAGUGGACCGCUUGCGCGACGUUGAGCGCGACUUUAAGGCCGUCAAGGAGCAGCUUGACCGGGUCACUGAGGAGCGCAAGAUGUCCGAGCAACGGUGGAAGCGGGUGCAUCGCGACUUGAAGGAGGAAGUGCGCAGGCUGUAUCGCGAGCGCCAGAACUCGCAGUCUGCCCCGAAUGCCUCGCCGGCGUUGCCGCUGCCUUCGACAUCGCCACCCCGCCAGGCAGCACAGCAGCAGCAGCAGAAUCAGACAGCGACCUCUGGAAGCAAUUCUGCCGAGGCAUCAUUGCCGCCAAGCAGGUCCAACUCACUGACGCUAGCAUCGGUGUCGUCGCUGCUUCGCGCAGCCACAGGCAAUGCAGCCGCCUCUACAAGCAGCGGCUUGUUGGCAACGGGCUCUGGGCGCUGGGCGCCAGCACAGACGUCCUCCAGCUCGUCGCUGUUGGGUCGACCGCCCAACCGCGCGUCUCGCCAAUCCAGCGGCCAAACCGUGCUCGAUGCCAAGCUGCCCGAAGAGACCCGGGCCGAUCUCAGCACUGAAUCGGCAGACAGCCGGGUGCAGGACAAGGCCGCCGCUGGCAGCCAUACCCGCUCUAGCAGCAGCGCCGGCAGCCUGUCGGACAUGCUGAAUAGCGAUGACCAGCGCUCGGAAAAUGUCAACGUCGAGUAUCUGCGCAACGUUCUGUUCCGAUUCUUCAACGACAAGGAGCGCCGACCGCAGCUGGUCCCUGUCCUGUCGAUGCUGCUCAACUGCAAGCUCGACGACAUCAAGCAUAUUCAGACGAUGAUCCUGUAGAUUAAAUUUUUCGGUAGAUUUUGUCGAUGUGGAUCAGCAAUUUAAAAAUCGGCAAAUGACGUUUUCAUUCUCUCAUUUUUUCCUUAUUUGCAGGAACAUGAAACAGCAUGCC